AUGGAACCCACCUUCUGGAGCAGACUGUUCAGCCGCAGCAACACCGUCUGGGUCUCAUGCUUCCUGGCCGGCACCUCACAAAUCGCACUCGUCGCCUUGCUGAUCGGCAUCAUCACGAAAGACACCUCCCUCGAAAGCUGGCUGGAAGGCAUCGCGUGGGCGGCAUCAAUCGUCCACAUCGUCGCGCUGCUCGUGCUACCGAUCACAGCGUUCCUCUUUCUACGACGUACGUCGAACAUCGUUCAGACCACCUUUGGCGCGGUGUCGAUUCUACUUUCUCUCCCGGCUGCCAUUCUUUCAAUCUACGUUCUGGCAAAAAUCUGGGAAGGCCUCGACCAGCAAGCCGACCAAGACAAACUCGACGUCGGAGACGUACGAAGCAUGUCACAAGCAGGCUUCGCCGUCUGGGCAACCGCAAUCGUCGCUCAACUCGCCGUCUUCACACUCCUUUUCUGGCCACCCUUCCACCACAAGGACACCACCUCAUCACCAGAAGAACCCACCACCCGUUCCUCCCCCGUCCGCUCCCUUAAACGGUCCCUCUCCAUCCAACUCUCCGCCCUCAGCGCCCCCUCUACCCCACGCUUCGCCCGCUCAUCAGAACCCUCCUCACCAACCACACCGACCCUCCGCUCCCCCUCCACCGCCUCGCUCCGGCACUCCAUGGACCGCGUCGUCCGCCCCAUGACCUCCAAAACCAAACUCCUGCUCCAGAAAGCGCAGUCCCUGCAUUCGGAACGGCGGCACUCCCUCGAUACGAUCGGGCAGGACGACGAUUUCGGCGACUGGGACACUUCCAGCCCGGCGGACAUUAUCCCGCUGCCUUCAGCAGAACCGAUUAUACGACCAACUACCAGGACCAGACUGCCGACGAUCCCAGGCAGCCGUCCCGUCUCACCCGCAAACCCGCUGGAAGGACCUUUCUACCCCGACGGCGAAGCCGACGUAGCGGAGCAGGCGUGUGCGCCGGAUCCUUCGCUACCCAAACCCUCCUUCUCCUCCCCCUCCGCAACCUCCUCAGUCCGUCGCGAUAGCAACAGCAGGAGCGACAGCACCGCCAGCUGCACCGCCAGCCGUAGCCCCAGCUGCUGCGACAGUACUACUGUGGCAGACGAACAUCAACAACGCACCAUCCACCCCCUCUUCCGCCCCGAGAGCCCCGCGCCCGCGCCUGCGAUCCGCUCGCCGGGGACGUGGGUUUAUGGGCAUCCGCAGGGGGGAAAGGUGUGGGAUCCUGCACACGGACCGCGGCCGGAGACUCCGAGGAGUCGGCAAGGGAGUUUUAGGGGGGUGGGGGGUACGUCGGGGGCUGAGACGGGAGAGGUGGGUGGGGUGGGUGGGGUGGAGGGGGGAUUUGUGUUGAAGAGGCCGGCGCCGGCUUUUGCUGAGGAGAGGGGAGCGAUGGGCGAAUGUUUCUCGUUGCGAGACGGAGAUCUGCACCGAAGAGCUAUGAAGCCAGUCGAUGCUCACGACUACAGUAAAGCGGCGCAAGAGUCGAGGCUCAACUGGACUUUGCGGCGUUCUCCAGCCUCGCAACAGCUCAACAAGCGAUUUUCAGCGACUGCACUGGCGCCACCGACCUCCGCACCCGGAGACGUGAAUCGUCCAGCCUUGCAACACAUCAUCGACACGCAGAAUAUCAACCCCAACACCGCCCCGACGAACUGGUGCUCGGCUCGUGAGCCUCGAAAUAACGGUUUCCAGAGGUCGAUUUAUUUCCCUUCACCACCUCGGCCGACUCGAGUGCUGCUCUCUUCUCGAGCUCAGCAACGACGUGAGAGGUAA